GAAGCGAAAUAUGGGCGUGUCCAUGUUCGUCCUUCCAAAGAAAAUGUAAAGAAGCUGCUAAAUACACACGCGAACCAAAACGUAAUGGCCUUGCUGGCUUACAGGUAAAUGUACCCUGUGUCACUGGGGGCAUGGUUAAGGUCCUCUCGGGCAUACUUGCUGUUGCGUUGGAAGCGGCACCCUUUUGUUUUUGGGCGGAGCGUUAGUUGCUAGCCUUUUAUUUAGCUAGCAGCGACUACCUCAGAUAGCCGGUUGUAGGGACUCACAUGGCGACACCUCUGUUGUUUCACAACGGCUCGGCUAGCUAACAGCAGCCCGUCUCCUGCCCUCGGCCUGACCCCAUGGAUCCCGGUGGAAGUGAACUGGACUCCAGCCUGCCUCAGCCAGACAACCCGUGUUUGAUAGUGGAGGACUCCCAGCCGGACAGUGUCGCUUUAGAAGACGACCCCGAGAGCAGCUACCGAGCUCUGCUGGCCCGUCGCCUGUCCAGUCUACAGCCCACCGCUCGCAGCCCGGUACUGGAAUUAAUAUCUUCACCAAUAGGAAGCAGGUGCUCUCAGACCGGCAGCCAAUCAGAGAGCAACAGCCAGGCUGAGCCUGACGGUCUUGCUGCAGCCAACCCCAGUUCAGUGUUCCAGGAGGACAGUCAAGUUUUAAAUAUCUGCGCUCCUCCAAACAACAAAAAGUGUGUACCAGAGGACGCUGACAUGGAUUCCGGUGCUGAUUCUACUACACACUGUAUUCAGUCUGAAGGGGAAGCUUCUCAGUUUGGUUUUCUUGAGCUUUCUCAGACUCAGGAUCUGUGUGGGGAAGCUGUGAACAGUCAGGAGGAAGACGGAGACAAAUGCAACAAAUUGGAGCAGAACAUCAGUUCCAGGACUUCAGAAAGUCAGGACAGCAAAGCGUUGAGGUCUGAGGUGAGCUCCAGCAGCUCAUCAGAGUCUUUGGGUCAGUCAGGCAGGCAGCUGAGUGUCCAGGUCCUGCUGCACUCACAGAACCUGCAGGACUCUGCUGAGCAGGACCAGCAGGACUGUGAGAUCCUGUCCUCACAGGACGAUCUGUUCGAUGCUGACAAGACAGGUUGCCGUCUGGCAGUCAGCGCUAUUUGGACAAACCUUUCAGGACUCAUUUCUGUAACAGGUGCUGCAGUGGACAGUACAGUGUCUGAGCCGGAGCAGCAGGGUCACCCCACCUCCACACCCGCCCACACCCUACAGCUGCUGCAUCUAUCGGGACAGGGAACACUGGUGCAGGAGAGUCUGUCCCAGAGCUCUGUUGAUUAUGUCGCCCCCACCCCAGACAACUUUAGCCAUACCCCUUUAAUAGUUCCCAGCUCACCAACCGAACUAGAGGAUGAAAAUGGUGCUGAUUCACAAAUGGAUACGUCACUGCCUCCGGAUGACAGGGGAGCAGGAGAAAAGGACGAGCCAAUGGAAACCGAGGCCGCCCCCAAGCCACAACCAUCUGCAUCUACUCCCAUAUCCCAAAGUUCCCCUGGUUUUGCUUUAGAACGAACUCUCUCUGUACCGUCCCAGCCCGAGUUCUCUCAUGACGUAUUUGUUCCGACGCAGAGCCAGGAUGCACAAACGCAUGAAAAGUCAGCGUCGUUGCCUUGUGAGACAGAGUCUCAGCAUCUUGAGUCGGCUCCCUUCACCUUGCCUUUGCAGCUCUCUGUGAACACAGAGAGCUGCAGCUGUCAUCAGCUCACCUCUGAGGAGGACAGCCAAGCCACUCAGAUAGAGGAACUGGAGGAGCCGCUUGCCGUCGACACCAGCGACUCUGUGAUUUCGUGUCACGAUCAGAGAGAGGAGAGUAAAGCCGUCCCGUCGGAGUCACAAGCCGCCGCCGGCUCCAAAGUGUUGUCCUCUGCUGAAUCACCGAAGCGCCACGUUGAAUGUGCUGAGACUGAAGCGACCGAUCUGGCCCAGAAAUCAGCAGUUUCUCUGAAUGUACAAAAUGUGAAUGUAAACGAUGUGAAGGCUGACAGCAAAGAUGCUGGCUGUGUUGACAUGGUGUCUUGCUCGCAGCCAAAGUUUGAUUCUGCUGAUCUGACAGGUAAAAGCUGUGUGCAGGAGACUCCCUCAGACGCUACGCCCUGCAGCCUGCCUUCACAGUCUAUGAUUUCUCAAACAUCUGCUGUGGAUGCAGAUGUGUCAGGAGGAACUGUAAAAAGUCCCUUUGUGGAAUCGUCGUCGCCGCAGCCUGAGGUGGGGUGCAACAGCCAGACAGACAAAAACUCAAUGCACGAACGAGGUGAAGAGGAGGAUCAGGAGGUGGCGAUGGAGGUGGAGAACGCUGAGGGUACCUCGGGAAUGGGUCUGGUUCUCUCCCAGAGCCAGCUGUUGUCUCCUGAACCCAUGGACGAGGAGAUUGAGGACAAGGCAGAGGACAGCAUCCUCUGUGUAACAGACAGUGAGAAAGAGGUGGCGUCACAAUCAAAGACUCACAGUUCUCAACCAAUCACAGGCCAAGUGUCAGUCUCUACCAAUGGCCAUGAAUCCCAGACUCAUGAGAAAGAGGCGCACUCAGCUCCCGAUAGGCUGUCCCAGACGGAGAGGGUGGGCUGUGAACCAGAGGCCCUCAAAGAAAAGAGCUUGAGCGACAGCUCGGGAGACAUUUCAUUCCACUUCACCCUUCCUAAAGAAGGAGACUUGAUUGGACCUGUUGUCGGCGCCACGCCACCGCUGAUCAACCAGCUGAAGCAGACGCUGAGACACAGCACUCCCAUCGAGAUCAGCUCUUUUUCUGAAAAGUCUGAUGCAGUGGGUGAUGUCUCUGCAGACAUGGUGAUGGCCAGCAGCGAUAUCGUUUUGGGUGGAAGUGGCGGUGACGCAGCUGACAAAGGUGACGGGAAGCUGAGCUUGAGGAUGAAGCUGGUGACGCCCGUUGAGGAGGGCAGCUCGGAGCGUUUCAGCCUGCAGAAGCCGACGCCACCAGAAGAGGAUGGAUCUGUCACCAAGGUUACGACCAUUUCCCAGGCUGUAACCAGCAGCCCGUCUGUGUUCACUCGGGUCAGGCAGGUGCACCGACAGCAGGAGGUGGAGGAGGACAGCCAGCCUGGAGGAAACACUACACUGGUCAGGGGGGAACUGUUCGCCUCACCACAGAGGAGCUCUCAGGCGUCCGUAUCGAAAUGCAACAGUCUGCCGAACAGCCAGGAUGUAUCGACCGCGCCGCAGCAGGACCUGCGGGAUGCGCUCGCCCCUGCUGAGCCGCCUGAGGACAGCAGAGGACUGCCUGAUGCUCAAGAGCCGACCUUCCCGAGCAGCACAACAGUCAGGCAGAAGGUGGUUUCCCAGCCGGCCUCUGAGAACACCAUCACCUCCACACCGCCCAGCAAGACAUGCCAGCGGACAGUCUCCCAGCAGACCGGCUUCGAUGCAGCGGGGUUUCGCUCCCCAGCUGGCCGGGGUGAACCCGAGUCCCCGUCCUUUAGAAGAACCGCCGUUCCCUCUCACCGCAGACACGUGCGCACCAUCCAGGAAGUGCGGACCACCGUCACUCGGAUCAUUACCGAUGUGUAUUAUGAGGACGGCAAAGAGGUGGAUCGCAAAGUCACCGAGGAGAGCGAGGAGCCCGUGGUGGACUGUCAGGUCUUGGACAGCGACAUCUCUCCGUGCCGCACAGGCAGCAGUUCUGUGACCUCUGGUGAUCUGGGGGACAUCAGCUCGCUUUCGUCCAAAGCGUCCAGCCUGCAGCACAGCUCCGGGGGAACCAGCAGCAGUAUGGGCCUCACCAGACCAGACUUCAUCAUUCCAGCGAGCAGAGGGUUCAAAUCCACGAGUCCAAGGAGGGGAGGUGGGCAUCAACAGAGGGGUCACAGGGGUCACAGGGCAGGGUCAGUGGUCACACUGAACAGAGGCUACAGCACGCUGGGGUCCCGGGCCUUCGUCCCGCUGACCCCCAGAGGAAGGGCUAGAAGGGGCCGACCCCCGUCCCGCUCCUCCCUGUCCAGGGGAGGAGGUGGCUCGCUGCAGAGACUGACGGCUCAGGGCCAGCCACAGUCGUCCUCAGAAGAUGAGCCGUACAGCCGCGUGCUCCCCGUCAGCCCCACGGACCCCGAGCUGCCCAGCCACUCGGACUCCCUCAGGUCUUCGCCAGAGGCGGCGAGCUCAGCCGGGAGCAGCUUCAUCGGCCUGCGAGUGGUGGCCAAGUGGUCAUCCAAUGGUUACUUCUACUCUGGUCGCAUCAUCAAAGACGCCGGCGAGGGGAGAUUCCGCUUGCGGUUUGACGAUGGCUACGAGUGUGAGGUUGCCGGGAAGGAUAUCCUGCUGUGUGAUCCCAUCCCGCUGGAGACGGAGGUCACUGCUCUGCUGGAAGACGAGUACUUCAGUAUAGGUGUCGUUAAGGGCCAUAAAACAGAGGGCCAGGAGCUGUUUUACAGCGUGGAGAAGGAGGGUCGGAGGCAGUGGUACAACAGGACAUCGGUCAUCCUGUCGCUGGAGCAGGGAAACAAGCUGAGGGAGCAGCACAGCCUCGGGCCCUACGAGCCCACCACUCCCCUGGCCAAGGCCUCCGACAUCAGUCUGGAUAACUUGGUUGAGGGGAAGAGGAGACGCAGAGGAACCCCUGGAGGUCAGAACACUCCCAACCGCAGCUCCUCCAACAGCCCUCGCUCCCCGGGAACCUCCAGCAAGAGGAAGCUGAUGGCCUCAGAGGACAACCAGGGGCCGGCCAAGAGAGGGCGCAGGGGGGCGGGGGCCAGAGCUGCUCAGCGGGUUGGUGUGUGCAAUACCUCGGGCAGUGGCACCGAUGUCCCGGGUCAGUCUGGGGACGUGGAAGACUCUCACGGUCCGCUGCCCCAGAACACAUCCCUCUUUAUGGGCUUCGCUUUCAUGCUGACCGCGUCGUCUGAGACCGACCGCCUGACCAAUAAGCUCACGAGCGAGGAUGAGGAGGAUUAUGUGCAGACGGGUCCGUAUAACAAGUCAUACACAGAAACCCAGCUGCAGGCGGGCGGAGGCUUCAUCCUACCAAACUUCAAUGAAGAACAGUGUAAGGCAGCUUACCAGAGCCUGCUCAUCGCGGACCAGCACUGCCGUACCAGGAAGUACCUGCUGUGUUUAGCCAGCGGCGUGCCGUGUGUGUCGCACAUAUGGGUGAGAGACUGCUGCAAAGAAAACAAACUGCUCAACUACAGGAACUACCUGCUGCCUGCCGGCGUGGGGCUGGACGAUGCCAUAGUGGAGUGGCAUCCUCGCUGCAGCCCCUUCAAAGGCCUGCGGGCUCUUCUGGUGUUUGAGAAGCCGGUGGAACUCUGGGCCCAGCUGAUGACCAUGGGUGGAGGCUCCUCCGUCCGGCAGUUCCAAGCAGACAAAGACGACUCUGACAUUCCUGCUGGCAAGUAUGACCUCGUGGUGACAGACCAUGCCUGUCCGCCGCUGCUCGAGAAAAGCGCAACAUCACAGGAAAUCCCGCUGGUGUCUCCGGAGUGGCUCAUCCAGAGUCUCAUCUGCGGGGAGCGCCUGGCUUUCGAUUGCAAGCCUCAGUUUUGCCACGACUAUUCCUCGUCCUCGUCGUCCUCAUAAUCUGACCCCACGUGCAAAAUGCCUUUGACCAAGCUAAAUGUUGAGCGUUAGUUCUGUUGCAUGCUUCUGCUGUAUAUAACUUGAUCCUGUCCGUUUUUAUGAGAUAAUAAAUUGUGACCCUUGUUUCAUUUUAA